AUGCCUGACGAGACCGUCGCUUCUGACCUACGGCGGACGCAGUCAAGUCCUACUCUGCGAUCGGCCUCCGAGGCCCCUGUCUGUCGAGCGCCUGAAAAUAAUGAUAAUAAUAACAAUGACAAUAAAGAAGAGCCUCCUAAAAAGUUCAAGCGCAAGAACAAGAAGAAGCCCAAGCGCAGAUCCAACGGCGUCUCCAUCUCGAGCAGCAAUGCGCUCAGCAAUACGAUUACUACUACGCCCGCGAGGCACAAUCAGCUGGUGAUUGUCAAUGGUGCAGGAACUGCGACUUCGUACGAGAAUCGGAGGACGAACGGGCUCGGUGGUGUGAAUGGGCCACGCCCGUCUCCUAUCUAUACUGCGGCAAUGACUGAGACUGGAUAUGUUACCGAUCCCGCCUACCCACGCCACGCAGACGGCAAUUUCAGUUCAGAUGGCUCUUACGCCGUUUCCAAUCGUCAUGGCAUGAUGCCCGAGCCGAGCGUAGGGCCAUACUGGUAUCAUCAUGAAGGCGCUCAUUCGAAUGGCGGCGAUAUCCUGGGCGUUCCUGGUCCUUCCUACGCGCAUCACAACCCUGUUUCCCCGCACAGGAGCUAUACACCGUCGUACUUCCCAUCGAAUCCACCAGCGAACGGGUAUUCGGCUCCGUCGUAUCCUCAUAGUCCGUCGUACCACCCAAUGCAUGGCUACAUGUCGUAUCAGCCUAGAUACCACGCUCCGCAUGAGCAUGCGAUGCCUGGUCCGGUGCCCUAUUCCGGUCCUCCUUCAUACCAUUCCUCCUUUCCUGCGUACGGCCCUCCGCCUAGUAGCUGGAGCCCGGGUCCUCAUAUGCCGUAUCACGAGAACGGACGGUAUGAGAAUCGCGGUGCAGAGCCCUCCACUUUUCCGCCUGCCAACUACGGCCUGAAUAUCUCUCCACAGACAAUUCACGGAAGCCGCCGCCCGUCUUCGGAGCAUGGCGGCAAGAAUCACUCCGUGGACGUUCCCAAGCGCAACCAGCCGGAGGAUGAGUCUGAUGACGAAUCAGAGUUGUCGGACACGAGCUCCAGCGAGACUGAGGCGGCCGAAACCUCGUCUGGAGACAAUACGGGGGAAGACGAUGCCGGCGGAAAAGUGGCAGCUGAGCCGGCAGCUGUGGUCCCAGAGACUGUUCCUGAUGCGAUUGUUUGUGUUGACGCUAACCCUGCUGAAGCUGAAGCUCAAGCUGAAGCUCAGUCCAAUGUCGCCGCUGAUGUUAGUGCUAAAGCUGAUGACAAUGCCAGAGCUGAUGCUGUCGCUAAUGUUGUCGCUAAUACCAAUGUUGAUGUUGAUGCUACUGCUGGUAUCGAUACUGAUGCUAACGCGACAGCCAACGCUGACGAGACCGAUUCUCCCUUUCACAUCCGCCUGGCUCUGUGCAGCUUCUUGGAGGUCUUGCCGCUGACGGAGCACCUCCUCCGCUCCUUCGAAGGGGAGCAAUUCACCGACGCGCAGAUCGUGCUGACGUCGAUGGAGAACAUGUUCUAUCCGAUCACGUUCCGGGUUCACCAGGUGCUCAUGGCGCAGAGCCCGGUGCUCGCGUCGAUCUUAAAGAGAAAAGCCGCAUUCGAGCAGAAGAACGCCAUCAACGUCAUCUCCGGGAGGAAAUUCUGUCUCGCACGAGCAUUCGAGACGGCUCUGCAGAACCUGUACGGACUGCCGCUGGUGGACGGACCGCGGCUGAAGCAGCUGACGAUGAAGGCGCUCGGCUGGGAGGGCUGCCCCGUCGAGAUCGAUUCGAUCAAGAACAAGGGCGCGACGAUCGAUUUCGCCAUCUGCUACGGCGUAUCGGGCGCCUUUCUACACAACCGCGAAAUCCUCGAGACGGGGUUCAAGCUGGUGAUCGAGCUGAUCGAGUGGGACACGCUGCAGCUGGCGUUGCAAUUCGGGCUGUUUGCGGCGGACUUUCUCGUCAGCUACGACAGCAAUGCCUCUUCUGAGCGUCCUCCCCAGCGCAAUAAUAAUAAUACGAAUCGCCGGGGCAAGAAGGCCAACACAGCGCCGGACGUGAAGGCACCCCCGAUUCACGACAAUCUCAACAAAGAGGUGCUUGAGGUGUGGGCGCCCAAGGUGGUCAGCGCCGCGCUGCAGUUCAUGAUCCGCAGCCUGCCGACAGUCUUCCACUUCGACCGACUGGCGCAGGCGACGUCGAUGCCGGACCGCAUCCCGGCGGACCUGCGCACGGUGCCGGGGUCGAUCCUGGCGAACCCCAAGCUGGCGUCGGUCAAGUUCGGGUCGAUGGGGUCCGCGAGCGAGCAGAAGCCGAGCCGGGAGUGCACGCUGGCGUCGGCCGUGUUUCUGUCGCUGCCGUUUGAGCGGCUGCGCGAGGCGUUUGGCAUCAUGCGGCAGCGGCGGGUGUUAGGGCUGGACCUGGUGCGAGCGAUUCUGCAGGAGCGCGAGGAGCGGCGGCUACGGGCGCUGCAGGCGUACGCGAAGAAAAACCCGAAAAUAAGAAACGAAGGAGACUACCCGGCCGAGCUGAAGGAGCUGGGAUACGAGGAGUACGUGGUCCGGCGCGAAAGCCAGGUCCGCGAGGGCGACAAGCUGCGCGACGUGGUCAUCUUCCACGACUUUUCGCUCGAGCGCGAGUGGAAAGGUUACGGGUGGACGGUGGCUGCGACAGCGGGGGAGGAUCGAGCCGAUCGACUGGGGGAGUUGAGUGAUUGGCAGGGAGAUGUCACGUUUACAAUUGACGACAGGAGACGAGACCUACGACAGACAGAUAGGCACGUUGGCGUUGAGUUGCAUUUCAUUUCUUGCAAUUCCUGGACUUGUUAUGCAGGGUUCAUUAGGUACGGUAUUAUCCUGCUAUGCUACCUUGAAGAAAGAAAAAAAUCUACUUUCUAUGGAGUAGUAGUAUUGUAUUUGUGUAUUCUACUCUACUUGACAGACUUGACUUACUUGACUGACUCGACUGACUCGACUGACUUGACGCGAAGAGCGAAUGAAUCUAAUCUGUUAGCGAGACUAUUCAGAUGGCAUAGAUGUAACAGUAGUACUGUUACUGAACAGGCUGAGCUGAGCUGCCUGCAGUAG